GAAAUAUUUUUCCACAUAAUUAAUUGUUUCAAAAACACAUAUUCCAGCCUUCUAAAUGAUUUAUUUUGCGUAUUAUACGAAUUAUUCCAUCUAUAAAUAAAUUGUUCUCUCUACACACAAACACGCACACAGUCUGUUAAUUACACGAGUUAAUUGUAACAUUUUUCUCGAUAAGUUGACAGAGCAAGGAAAAUGAGCGACGAACCUACCUACAAACUAAUCUACUUCAAUGCCCGUGGUAGUGCCGAACAUAUACGGUACAUAUUUGCAUAUAUUGGCAUCGAGUAUACCGACGAGAGGAUCCCCCUACAACUCUGGCCUGAAUACAAGGAUUGUAAGCGUGAAGAAUCGAUUUUUACUUUCAUCGUUCAACUCUCAGAUAUCUACCAUUUACUCAAACUUUUCUGUUUUCGAUUCAUCUAUUCACAAGAACGCAACGGCCUCGGAAGCUGUGUUGUGAUUUCCUAUCGAUCGUUUCCCUCUACACAGUGUUCAUAUGAGCCAUGUUUGUUCUUAGCAAUGCCUUAUAAAAAGCUGCCUGUGCUGGAGGUAGACGGGAAACCGGUAGCGCAGGCUGACGCUGUGGCGCGAUACUUGGCGAGGAAGUACGAUCUAAUGGGAAGGAACGAAAGGGAUGCGUUGAUAUGCGACGUGCUCGUCGAUACUCUUGAAGAUUUGGAGCAAGCUAUCUGCUACUGUCGCAUGGAGGAGGAUCCUGAAAGGAAGGAAGCGAGGAUGAAUCAACUUUUGAACGAAACAAUACCAUUGUACCUGACUAAAUUCGACCAGAUUAUUGGCAAAUAUGAAGGAUAUAUCAUUCCUUCUACCACGACAUGGGCGGACUUCGUAUUUGCAGAGACCCUUGAAAAUUUCGAAUAUAUGUUUGGGGCACCAGUUUUGGAUAAAUAUCCAGCUCUUCAAGCAUUGAAGAAAAGGAUUCAUACAAUACCGGCCAUUUCUGAUUGGCUGAUUAGUUACGGCAUUGGCAGAACCAAUCCGUUCUUCUUCAGCUAUGCUAGUAUUCCAUUUGAAGAUGAACGUAUCAAAAAGGACGUCUGGCCAGAAAUAAAGCCCUACAAUGCCCUUAUUGAUGCCACUGUUGAUACUAUUCAUGAUAUUCGUCAUAAAAUUGCCGCCUUCCACUAUGAGGAGGACGAGAAGGUCAAAGCUGCAAAACGCAAGGCUGCUGAAGAGACGCUGCCGUUCAUUUUAGAACGUUUGGACCAGCAAGUGAAGGAAAAUGACGGCUACUUCUACGAUGGUACUCUCUCUUGGGCUGAUUUAACAUUCGUUGCUCUGCUCGAUUAUUUGAACUUUAUGUACAAGUCUGAUCUGAUCGAGAAUUACGAGAAUCUGAAGCUGCUGGAGAAAAAGGUCCUCCUUCUGCCCAAGAUCAAAAACUGGAUUGAGAGACGCCCAGUUAGCGAAUUCUAAACUUCACGAUUGCUUAUGGUUUUAUAAGCGUUUAAAGAUUGCGGUCUUAGUGUGUUGAGAGAAUGAAGAACGAAUCGUGUUGAUGGAAGUUUGUAUGGAAUAUACUGAUUGCUUUUAACAUUCAUUAGUUCCAGUUAUUACCGAUAUUUUUGUCAUUUAGUCAGGGUUUUCCCUUUAGAUUACGUUGUGAUAGAGAACUAUUAUUUGUGUAUUCCUACAGAAACAUACGAACUAUAUAAACUGUUGACACGAUGUUGUGCUUUUGUAUUAUAGAGAUAAUAAUAAAACCAUCAAACAAUCAUUAA